UAUGCUGUAACCUAAAUACAAUCUUUUAAUUUUAAAUUAUAACAACUAUAAUAAAAAUAACUUCUGUAUUUCAAGGGUUGUAAUGUAAAUGAGUUUGUGUGGAUAUUUAACAUUAAAAUUAUAAACAACGUCGUUUAAUUCUCACAAUCAACCUGUAAUUAUCAUAUUUUUAAUAUUUAACUUUGAUGUAAUUUAUUAAAUCAAUUUUAAAAAUAAAUAGCCAAUGAGGAAUUGAAAGGGGGUGUCUUAGAGUUUAAUCAACAUGUUAACAGUGUAUUACAUUGCGGCAACAUGGCUGCAGUCAAGGAGAUUGAACACGAUACUGCACAAAGUUAGUACCGUCCACAGAAAGCAAGGUACUGUCGUCGUCCAUCAAGAGCUGCCACCUUAUUUGUCGUAUAACGGAGGCGUUCAACGCAAAUUAAUCGUAACCAGUGUUCUCUCUGAUUACUGCCAGAAUUACAGGAAUGGACAGAUUGCCGAUUUGAUGCUGUACGCUUCAAGUAAAAGAAUGGUUUCUAUCUAUCCAAAGCAAGUUUUAGACAUAUCAGGUUGGGUAGAAGUUUUGCCUGGAAGGACACAUUUACCAAUUCAACUAAAUGAGUUCAGGCACAAUUUUCCAUCUGACGACAAGAUCCAAGUGCUUCUCGAAGCGAAUUACAACACCUGCCAAUUUAACUAUUCCUCAAAGGUUUUACAGGUUGAAGAUCUCGGUAAUCCCAUCGCUUGGUUUGUUGGCGACAGGAUAUGUAUUUUGCUCGAAAUGAACGAUGACAAAUUGGCUUACCUCACAUUGGUAUUCAUGCAGCAAAACAUCACCCUUGAAAAUGGAAUCGAAAUAAUGAGAAUAGAAAGUGUAAAAACUACAGGGACACCUUACAAAAUAGAAAACACUAAAUGUAUCCCAGAGACAUACGCACAACUUGACACCUCUAUGACAAAGGAAGAACUGAAAGACAGUUUUAUGGGCCGCUGGAGAGCUCAUAUUUCUAUGCUUUGCACGUUUUGCGAUGCCAUAUCUCAAGUUAAAAGCAUGCAUCAGGAUAUCUCUGUAAGACACCCGGGCUCUGGAGUUGGGGCUGUAAAACUGGUACCAGGAAGUCCAAAGUGCAAAAGUUUAUCACCAAAACAAUCUAUUCAAGAGGAAAUCUCAAAUGGUGAAUGUUCGUCAAUAACAUCGAAUACGUGUACAGUUGAAAGUCCCACUUUAAGUGUUUCAAAUCCAAGUACUGAGAUGUCCACAGCCCAAGGUUCCACUCGGUUAGCUGCAGAUUCAACUGCGACUUCAAUGUCUUCACUGCGAUCUUUUCCUGCAACACCUAAAAAGACUCAAGAAAAGGAGAAUGGCACGGUGGUCAAACCUCCCAAUAUUAUAAUACUUUCCGACAGUCCGUCUUCAGCUGAGGCUGUCAAAUUAGCUUUAGAAAACUGUUUAAUCCGUGACAGGUAUACAAUUUAUAUAGUGAAUUUUUCGGAUGAAGGGGUUUUGUCAUUAGAACAUGCCUGUCUAGUUGUCAUUCAUGGAAAUAUCCCUUCUAAUUUUACAUCUCAUGUUAUGAAAUACCUCCUGGAAUAUUCUGGGUCUUUGCUGUGUCUUUGCUCAGAUUUUAUUGGCUCGAUACUCCCAAUGUUUGCCACUGCCGAAGUGAGACCAAACGAGCUUGUUAGAUGUUCCUAUAAGACAUGGAAGCACGUCCCUUUAAUGCACCAUGUCUUCUGUUAUCAGCCAACACCGAGAAAGCCACAGUUCACACACGAUGAACACUCAAGUCUGAGAGCAAUUCCUGAAUCUGUUCAAAUCACUGAUAGCCAUGAGAAAGUACACUUGCUUAAAGUUGAUAUUCUCGGUGCUGAAGAAACGUGGCAAACUCCCAGCUUACUUCUCGUUUCUUUAGUAAACUCUACUUCAAAAAUUGUUUUUUCCCAAGUUCAUUUAGAAAUAGACCCAGGACAAUACGAAGUGGACGACAAAAAGAGGCAGGCUUUGGAAAAAAGUGAUAAGGCAAGAAUUGAAAUUUUUAGUGACGUCCUUGGAAAUCAUUUAGGCCUAAAGUGUUCAUCAAACCAGAAAAACAUAAAUUACACACAUGGCUAUUUCUUAGGAAACCAUGAGGUGAAACAACAAUUCUUAAAUAAAUUAAAGGCCAAUGAUAAAUUAGAUGAGAAUUGUGUUUUAAAACAUAAUGACUUAACUAUUAAGUUUUGUGGGAAGGGAAUCAAUCCUGGACCAGCUACUUCUAAUCAGCUUCCAGUUCUUCUCCACUCCUGCCCUGAAUCUUUUUCAACUGUUGAUUAUUUUGAUAAUUUGAAAACGAGUUUUCUUGGAAGGUUAGCAAUAUUCUCUGAAGUUAUGACUUCAUCUAUGGAUCUUUUAGACGGCAUUGAGAUGGUUCAUGGCUUCACGACAAUUCCUAUGUACCAGACAAAAGGGAAAGGAAGAAGCGGUAACACUUGGUUGAGUCCAAAAGGAUGCGCUAUGUUUUCCAUCCAAUUGCAUAUACCUUUGGAUUCCAAUUUGGGAAAACAUUUGUCACUUUUACAACAUAUUUCAAGUCUUGCGAUUGUAUCUAGUAUAUGUGAAUUGCCUCACUUAAAGGAUCUAAAUAUCCAUUUAAAAUGGCCAAAUGACAUUUAUGCUAAUAAAACUACCAAAAUUGGCGGGGUGAUGGCUACAUCAAUGUUGUCUAGCACCAAAGCAAUUUGCAAUGUUGGUUGCGGGGUCAACUUACAAAACACAGAGCCGACACUGAGUAUUAACGAUUUGAUAUCGAACAUGAGUAAUGACAAAAAGAUAAACAUUAAAGGAUUGACGUUUGAGCAUUAUUUUGCUUGUGUUUUUAAUAAAUUGGAAGAGUUGAUUGACUCAAUUAAUACUGAUGGGAUUGAAGUAUUUUUCCCCCAAUACUACACUUAUUGGCUUCACAGUGAUGCAGUAGUGAGUGUCCAUCUACCUCAAAAAACAAAAAAGAAUGUUAGAAUCAAAGGGAUAGAUUCUUAUGGGUACUUAACUGUCGAAACCAGUGAAGGUGAAGUACUGACGGUGCAGCCUGAUAGUAAUUCUUUCGAUAUGAUGGCUGGGCUGAUUGUGCCUAAAAUUAUAUGAGCGCCAAAGUUAGGCUUUUAAUACUUUUAAAAACGAGCCUUGGAAUAUUUUACGCUUUGUGGUGUUUGAGGAUUAUUUUUAAAUGUUGUUGUCAAAGUAUAUUUGUACAUCUUUUCAAAUGUAGCAUGAUAUUAUCCUAAAUCUUUAAGGAUGUAGAACAUUCCUUGGGCCUAAUAUUUUGUCUUUAACGAUAACAAUUUUUGGCCUGGAAAAAUGUAGUACUAGUCUUUUAUAAAACAUUGUAUAGAAAGUAGAUAUUGGCCUGUUGAAAAGAGAGAUUUUCCUCGAUUCUACAUUUAGCUCUUUUUAUUUUCAAAGGCUUGAUCAGAGUAACAUAUCAUACAAAUUCAAAUGCUAGCGAACAUAAUUUAUUAAUUUUCGAUUACUCAAAUCCUAGAAUAACAACAUCACACUAACUGAUGAAAUGAUUUCUGAAAUUUAUUUUCUUAAUUUUGUUUAAAUUAUAUCUACAAAGGCAUUUGUUAAUAUUGUUGUUGUUGUCAAUCUAGAACUAGUAAAUUGUUGUAAAUGGAUGUUUUAUAAAUAUAUUUAUUGUUUCUUUUAUCAAAUAUAUAUGUAAAUCAACGUUA